AUGGGCUUCCUCAAGUCAAAGACUACAACGAAGACGGCCGAACAGGCCGUCGGCUCUGACCUGACAGCAGUCCUGCCCGAAAACCCUGCACCAUGGUACCGUACCAAGCACUUGCUUCUGCUCAACCUGACUCUUUUGGUUCCGAUGUUUUCGUCUGCCUCGGUGGGCUUCGACGGUGCCAUGAUGAACGGGCUGCAGACGAUUGAGCAAUGGCGCGGCUACUUUGGUCAUCCAAGCGCACCGAUCCUCGGCACGAUGAACGCUGUGUACCCCAUCGGCAAGAUCAUGGGUCUGGUUCCUGUUACAUGGCUGGCGGACAAAUAUGGUAGAAAGACACCCAUGUGGAUUGGGUUUUUCCUCCUCCUUCUGGGCGCCGCCCUGCAGGGUGCCAGUGUCAGCUUGCCCAUGUUCAUCGUCUCCCGUUGGCUCCUUGGUGCCGCGACUGCGUUCAUCGCGCAGCCCGCGCCUAUUCUCGUCACCGAGCUUGCCUACCCGACUCAGCGAGGCAAGAUCAGUGCGCUUUACAAUACAUUCUUCUUCUUUGGGGCGAUUCUCGCCGCAUGGUCCACCUAUGGAACCUUCCGCUUGCCCUCAACAUGGAGUUGGAGAAUCCCCUCAAUCUUGCAGGGUGCCCUUCCCGCAAUUCAAUGUGUAUUCUUCUACUUCGUUCCCGAGUCACCAAGAUGGCUGGUUGCCAAUGGCAAGACCGAUGUUGCCCGCGAAGUCAUCACCCGCUACCACGCCGGCGGUGAUUCAUCCGCGCUUCUUGUCGACUACGAAAUCAAGGAGAUUGAGGAGAACCUCCGUAUCGAGAUGGAGGCAUCCAAGGAGUCGUCCUACCUAGACCUUCUUAAGACUGGGCCCAACCGUCGCCGAACUCUGAUUGCAGUCAUCGUUGGUAUUGGUGCUCAAUGGUCUGGCAGUGGCGUCAUUUCGUACUACCUUACCCUCGUGCUCAACACUGUAGGAAUUACCGCUACCAAGGACCAAGCGCUCAUCAACGGCCUCCUUCAGGUCUUCAACUGGAUCGCUGCCGUGUUUGCGGGUGCGAUGAUGGUGGACCGCAUUGGCCGUCGGAAGCUCUUCUUGAUUUCAACCGCCGGCAUGCUGGUCUGCUACGUCAUCUGGACCAUCCUCACCAGCGUGUUCGCGAGGACAAAGGACGAGAAAGCUGGCUACACGGUGGUGGCAUUUAUUUUCAUCUACUACUUCUUCUACGACAUCGCCUGGUCGCCGUUGCUCAUGGCCUACCCCGUCGAGAUCAUGCCGUACACGCUUCGCGGAAGGGGCUUGACGAUUUCCCUGGGAUCUACCUUUAUUGGUCUCAUCAUCGGACAGUUCCUCAACCCCAUCGGUAUGGCAAAUCUGGGCUGGAUGUAUUACAUUGUCUUCUGUUGCAUCUUAGCAAUUCUGCUGGUCUUGAUCUGGUUCCUCUUCCCUGAGACCAAGGGUAGAACUUUGGAGCAGAUUGCCGAGGUUUUCGACGGCAAGAACCAUUCACUUGGCAUCAGUGGUGCUGGAGAGGAGAAGUUGAAGGACGAUUUUGUGGAGGUUGAAAACGUUGCGGAUAGAAAGGUCUAG